AUGUGUGCUGGAGAACUUAGCCUUGGAGCUCGGGAAUGCCUUGGCUGGGGCGGCUUAUCCCAACCAUCAACGAUUGAUCUUAGCUGCUGUUUGCAUGUGCCCAGGAGAGCCAUGAGGUUUUGUGUUCUUAGUGUGCGGUUCGACUCCCCCCUGCGCGCGGUGAGCGGGACCACCAAGCAGCUGCAGCACACCAAGCAUCUGCAGUCUACCACCAAGCAGCUGCAGCAAACCACAAAGGAGCAGCAGCAGCAGCAUACCCAACGCCGCAGCAGCAGCAGCCGCAGCAGACCACCCAGCGCCAGCAGCAGCAGCAGACGACCCGGCGCCUGCAGAGCACCCAGCGCAGCAGCGCCCAGCGCAGCAGCGGCAGCAGCAGCAGACCACCGGAAGCCCGGCUAG